ACUCCAUCUUCGCCCAGCCUUACUCUUCCCUGCAAGACUAAGAAUUACCCCGCCUUCCGGUGAGAAGAUUUGGCUCUCCUCGGUUUUGGACGCAGAGAAGUUUAUCCGGGGAUAUACACCAAUCCCCCGUACAGGCCCAAGACAUAAAGUCGCCUGAAAGCUGUGUAGCAAUAAUUCCAGCUUCUGACCAAGAAUCAUGGAUACCUUUCAUACCUUCUCAUCACAAGUUGGAACUAGUGGUCAACAUUGGGACAAUGCCGCCCAAAAUAACAGGGACCAACAUUUUCAUGGAGUGAGCAAGACCUGUCAGCAGAGCUCACUGGAGCAGGGAGACAUCCCAUCACCCUUUUGGCGCCUGACAAAGUACACUUUUUUUCUUCUAAAUAACACUAUAGUAACGUCUUCUGCACAAAGUUACAUUCCUAAUAAGAUUGGUGUUAAGUGAGAAAGAAUCCUAAAGAUGGUCCAAUGGGCAUGGUCUGAAGCCUCUCGUCAUCUCAGUAUGUUGAACCACCUGAUUUCUUGCAGGCUUGAGAUUCAGAUCCUGCUGAACGAUGUUAAGCAAUCGAUUAACCACAUGCAGGGGACGCUGAACACCAUGCAGGGGCAGUGUAUUGAGUUGCAGACUGCCAUAUCUAAGAUCACCACAGCAGCCGAAUUUGCUGUGCAGAGGGAGGAGAUCCUCCGAGCAUCAGGCCUCAUCCCGUCACAGAGGGAGGAAAUGCUCCGAGCAUCAGGCCUCAUCCUGUCACAGAGGGAGGGUAUCCUCCAAACAGCCAGUGUCCCUUCACAGAGGAAGGGGAUUCUCCCAGCAGCUAACAUCACUGUGCAGAGGGAGGAGAUCUUCCGAGCAUCAGGCCUCAUCCCUGAAGAGAGGGAGGACAUCCGCCUCACAGCCAGUGUCCCUGCACAGAGGGAGGGGAUUCUUCCAGCAGCUACUGCAGCUACUGUCACUGUGCGAAAGGAGAAGAUCCUCCGAGCAUCAGGCCUCAUUUCUGCACAAAAGGAGUUGAUCCACCUGAUGGCCAGUGUCACUGCGCAGAGGAAGGGAAUCGUCCCAAUGGUCAGCGUCCCUGCGCACAAGGAGGGGAUCGUCCAAAAGGCUAGUGUCCCUGCUGAGAGGUUGGAGAUCCUCCGAGCAUCAGGCCUCAUCCCGCCACAGAGGGAGGGGAAUGUCCGAACAGCCAGUGUCCCAGCACAGAGGGGUGGGAUUCUCUCAGCAGCCAGCAUCACUGAACAGAGGGAGGGAAUUCUUCCAGCAGCUUCUAUCACUGUGCUGAAGAAGAAGAUCCUCAGAGCAUCAGGCCUCAUACCUGCACAAAAGGAGUUGAUCCACCUGAUGGCCAGUGUCACUGCGCAGAGGAAGGGAAUCGUUCCAAUGGUCAGCGUCCCUGCACACAGGGAGGGGAUCGUCCCAAAGGCCAGUGUCCCUGCUGAGAGGGAGGAGAUCCUCCGAGCAUCAGGCCUCAUCCCGCCACAGAGGGAGGGGAAUGUCCGAACAGCCAGUGUCCCAGCACAGAGGGAUGGGAUUCUCUCAGCAGCCAGCAUCACUGAACAGAGGGAGGAGAUCCUCCGAGCAUCAGGCCUCAUCCCAUCACAGAGGGAGGGUAUCCUCCAAACAGCCAGUGUCCCUGCACAGAGGGAGGAGAUCCUCCGAGCAUCAGGCCUCAUCCCGCCAACAAGGGAGGGUAUCCUCCAAACAGCCAGUGUCCCUGCACAGAGGGAGGGGAUCUUCCGAGCAUCAGGCCUCAUCCCUGAAGAGAGGGAGGAGAUCCUCCUCACAGCCAGUGUCCCUGUGAAGAAUGAAAACAUUCAUCCACAACCACCUUCCAUCAUCCCCAUGUUGGCACCACUGUGGAAAUGGGAUGGUGGAGCGUGUACUCCACCUGUGGAUUUCUAUUCCAAGAGAAGAGGUCACUUAACCUUACCUAAUUAGUAAAGAAAUUACUAUUGUGAGAAUAAGUUGUGAUAGAUCAAAUGUAUGGCUCAUGUGAGUGUAUAGCUGUAAUACUUUCAUGCAUUUUCUACAUAAAAAUGUUUAGCUCCAUUGUACUUUUACAUUUGAGUCAUUUAGCAGACACUGUUAUCCAGAGCGACGUACAGUAGUGAGUCUAUACAUUUUCAUACUCCAGUGAAUCUCUCCAGGAUUUCACAUGGAUUUUUUUCAUAUUUGCGGAUAAAUAUGCUAGAUUUUGCAGCGACAAUUAUGACAUUUUGCAUUGCAAUAUGCAAUUGUUUUGUCCAAUUUGUUGCAAAAAUGCACUGACAAGGGAAAAAACUGUGUUGAUGUGUCGCUUGAUUGAACCAUAUUAUGCAGUAAAUGUGCGGUGAUUGGUUGAAAUUGCGAGCCCUCUUUUUGUACUGUGGUAAUUGUCAGUUCUAUGCGAUAAUAUUGUGAUGUGACUAUUUUAUGCAGAAAUAGUUUGGUGAUUGGUCACAUUUGUAAGCCCUCACAUAAUAUGCAGGGAAUUGUUAAUUUUGCAACCAAAACAAUGCGGUGGCAGAGUCCUGGAGUAACCUCCCAGUAAUCCCUGUGACUGCAUGUAGGUUAAGAUUGGGUUGUAAACAGAGUAUCAGAGCAAGACGUUCCUACCUGUCAGCUAGUAAUUGUUCUGUAUGGUGACAUGAGCAGAGUGGCCUGACUUCUCCCACUUAUUACAGAUGUCCGACUUAGAUAUGUUGAGCAUCCUGCUAUGAUGUCCAUCACCAAGCCGGAACACUCCGAUGCCAACCCUCAGUUCCAGACUGGCACCCGGCCGGUGGCUGAGCCCGAGACCCCUGCUGUUCACAAUAACAGUGGAGGCUGGCUCAGCUGGGUCUUUGGGAGUGGAAGAGCUAACAAGAAGGAGGUUCAUCUACCUGAGGACAAAGACAGAUCUAUUGUCUGGGAUCCAACUCUGCACAGAUGGGUUAACAAAACUGAGCCCAAGGCUGAAGUACA